GAGGAAGAGGAGGAAGGAGGAGGGGCGCGAGGACGAGGAAGCCUAACCCUAACAGACAAAGGAGAUAAGAAGAGAAGAGUGAAGAAGGAAAGGAGAAAAAACUCUGGAAAAUGUUGAGCAAACAGAGAAACUGUGUUAAUUAACCAGAACCAGAGUUAUUUUAGGUGAUUACUGCAGCAGGGCGGCUGAAGUCGAUCCAUAAAUCAUCUGAAGCAGCUGAAAGAAAUGUUUUAAACCUGGAGACUUUAAUAAUCUUAAUAGAAUGAAUGUUGUUCUUGUUGUUCAGGUUCUGGUUCCUUCAUCAGUUCAUAGAAACUGAACAGAAGUUUGGUUUCAUUCAUCGCAGGAAGUCAAACCGUUUAACGUCUGACUUGUUCUGGGUUGAAGUGGGUUCUGGACCAACCGAAGCCGUUGGUUCUGGUUUGUCCCGGGUUCUGCUCACAGCCCGGCCCGUUUGCUGCUGGUUUCCUGUCAGCACAGUAAAGCUACCGGAGCCUGUAAGGAACAUUUACAGCGAGCCUUCACCAUGUUCAUGUUUACUGUCUGGUUUUACUGAAGUAUUUUAUUUAUCUGGGCACCAAACGUCGUCUGACUUUAUUCAGGGAUUAGAGAUGAAAUGGACCAGUUUGUGUCUGAAACGUCAGUCAUGUUCAGUAAAUUAUGGUUUUUCUUUCAGUUUGUUUUCCUUGUUUUGUUGGGAGGAUUCAUGAAGGUGAACGUGUUGCUGAGUUAAAUGUCAGCAGAUAGAGUCAGGAAUCAAAAUGUUCCUUCAUCCCAAAUCGUCACUGUUUUCAUCAGAAGUGUCCAGGAUUUCAGCCUAAAUAAAUAAUCUGCUGCCUGGUUGUUGGUUUGGGGAAAAUAACGGAUAAAUCUUCAUGUUUUUAAGGCUCCACCUCAGAACAUGAUGCACACCAAGCCGAACCUGCAGAGGUUCUGCUGCAUGUUUAACCAGAGCCAAACUGUAGGGGUGUAAUACCACGAGCUGCCAGGCGUGGCGCUGUUUCAGGCCUGGUCUUGCCCCUCACUGAAGCAGCAACAUGCUGAGAUACAUUCUUAUUAUUUCUUUUAUGGCUCCUAGAGGAGUUUUAUUUCCCGCUGUGGAAAGUAUGCUUCAAAUUAUUUAAAAAUGUUUGAGAUGAUGUUUUGUUUGCAGAUGUUUGGUCACCUCAUCUGGAUCCGGUUUGUUUUCUGUCCCCCAUGUCUUUCCCUCUGCUGUCAUGUGAUUUGAGCUGCAGAGAUGAGCAACGGUGCAGGAAUCUGAGCUCCAGCCAGAAUAUUACAUAAAGCCGCUUCCUCUCCCUCGCUCUGCCUCCGGCUCGGCCUUUUCCUCUGGACCGAGUCCAUAAAGUCACUUCCUGAGACCAACACGGACAUUUCUGACUGAAAUAAAGAGAUUGUUCCAGGAGCUUUCAGGUCACCAGAUAUGUUCAGGUUCAGUUUUGUUGAAUAAGCAGCAGAAUAAUCUGAGGCCUGACUGGAACCGACCCCAACAUGUUGCUGCAGGUUUGGUUGUUGGGAGUUUCUGUGCUGAAUGAGACGGAGGUGAACCUGGAAUCUGGAACCUGGAACCUGGAACCUGAGCUGCAGCAGCUUUCAGGUCAAACAUGCAGAGACUCAGUUUGACAGGAUUAGAGACGUUAGUCAGAAGCUAAAGGGGUUUUAUUUUUCAAGCUCAUAUUUUCAGCAUGUUUAUCAUUUAUAAAUUCCACAGUUUCAAAUUAAUUUAGUUAUCAAGAUAAAUAUUUCAUUUACAAAUUUUAUUGAACUCUAAACUACAUUGUUAGUAAGGAAGAUAAACAUUUAUCUCUGAGCUACUUGGUUUGCUAACUAAACAUUUAGUUUAGAGCUAAAUAUUUAGCAAGUGAAUCUGCAUGUUAGCUAAACAUGAAAGAAUAAAAUAUUUCAUAAAACUUUGAUGAAUUUUGGUCUUUAAAACCUCCAUGUUUAUUGGUAACGAUGUGAAAUGAAUCCUCCGUUGCUGUUGCCUGCUUGUUGCAACAGAAACGAUUCACAUGUUUUGUUAUAUGUUUUAUGUUUUGUUAUAACUUUAUGCUAAUGUAAUUUCCAUUUUUUCCACUCAUCAGUUAAAUACAAAGUUUUUGUGUUUCUCCUCAGUCAAACUGAUCCAGAUGAUUUUACCCGUCUGGUGGCUGAAUUGGUUUGUUCCUCAUUUACUUUGGUUUUUACGUUAAACUUUAGGAUUUUGUCUGCAUUGUUAAAAUUCCAUGCCAAGUUGAAAGAGUUUUGGUUGUUAAAUUAUGAAAGUUGUAAUAUCUGAGUGUCCAGAAACAUUUUAAUCAAAGUUCAGCUUCCUGCUCUUCUUCUUCCCUUCUUUGUUCUCUGGACUUUUCCUCCUUCCUUCGUUUCUUUCUGCCUGUUUUUCUUUUACUUCUUAUCAGCUCAGCGUUCCUUCUUCCUGUCUUUGUGUCCGUCCCUCUCUCCCGGUCCGUCCAGCUGUGUUCCCUGGAGAGACGUCCGUCCCUCUGAAACGGCGCCUCGGCAGCAGAGAGGGGGAUGUGAUCAGAAGUGAAAUGUGGAGCCUGACAUGUUUCUGUUGUGUAACCUCAGUGAGCGCUGACAUGAUGAAAUCACUCAGAAACCGUUGAGAGACGCUGACCUGCAGCAGCAGGAGACACUCAGAACCAAACAGUUCUGCUUGUCCUGGACCGGGUCUGACUGUAAUUAAAUAAAACCCGUCUGUCGCUGCGUGUCGUAAAAGGAAUGUUGGAUCUUUGUCUGAGAUGUUCGAAGGCUGAAGAGUUUCUGCAGAACCCUGAACCCGUCUCAGCUCUGUGGGAUUUUUAUGUUUCUAAACGUUAAGGUCAGAAAAUCCCACAUCAGGAUGAAACUUUCUGGAUUACUGGUCACCGUGGCAACAAACACAAAACAUGCUGAGGAUGCACGGCUCACAUCCUGCUCAUUACUGGACGGAUCAUGGAAGCUAAGAUUUUCUGUUUCUGUGAAUUGACUUCAUUAACUCCUGGUUCUGGUUCUGGUUCUGGUUAAAAGACAAAUUAAAACUGUUCAGAGGAAAAUUUCUCUCUAAAAACGUCAGAAAGUUUCCAUAAGUAAAGCAAAUGGUUCUAAAAGCUCUGCUUCAGUUCUGUUCUGUGUUCUGUAACUUCAGUCCAACCAUCGUCUGUCACUGAAUAACAAUAAAUAUCUUUUAUGUAACAGUCGAAUGAUUUUUCCUGUUUUCCUCUCAGAGAUGUAGCACGCCUGCUGGUGUGACCGUUGGACCAUCAUGCACCUCUUCCUGCUGCUGAUCCUUCAGCUUCCAGCAGCCAUUGGACAGAUCGAUCCAGAACAUUGUCGCUAUGCGCUGGGCAUGGAGGACGGACGGAUCCCCGAUGAGGACCUGACGGCGUCCAGCCGGUGGUACGAGACCACCGGGCCGCAGUACGGCAGGCUGAACUCUGAGGACGGAGACGGAGCCUGGUGUCCUGAAGGGCAGCUGGAGCCUUCAGACUCUCAGUACCUGCAGAUCCACCUGCGCAGACUCACCUUCCUGACGCUGUUCGGGACUCAGGGUCGCUACGCCAGAGGUCUGGGGAAGGAGUUCGCCGCGCAUUACCGCCUGAACUACAGCCGAGACGGACAGCUGUGGAAGUCCUGGAAGAACCGGCUGGGAAAGGAGGUCCUGGACGGAAACAAAGACACCUACGGCGUUUUCUCCAACGACCUGAAGCCUCCGAUCAUCGCGCGCUUCGUCCGCGUCAUCCCCGUCACCAGGCUGUCCACCACCGUCUGCAUGAGGGUGGAGCUGUACGGCUGUCCCUGGGACGACGGGCUGCUGUCCUACAGCGCUCCAGAGGGUCAGCUCAUGGUGUCGCCUGGUAACCCGUCAGUAAUCAGCCUCAACGACUCCACGUACGACGGCGUCCACGAGAAAAGGAAGCUGUCCGGAGGCCUGGGUCAGCUGACGGACGGCGUGACGGGGCGCGACGACUUCCUGGCAACCCGCCAGUACAACGUGUGGCAGGGAUACGACUACCUGGGCUGGAGGAACGACACGCCGGGGACUCAGGGAUAUGUGGAGAUGGAGUUUGUGUUCGACAGGCUGAGGAACUUCACCUCCAUGAAGGUUCACAGUAACAACAUGUACACCCGCGGUGUGAAGAUCUUCUCCUCCGUGUCCUGCUGGUUCAAACCUUCCCUCAGCUGGGAGCCGGAGCCCGUUUCCUUCUCCACCAUUCUGGACGACAGGAACCCGAGCGCCCGUUACGUCACGGUGCCGCUGAGCCGCCGGGCCGCCAGGGCGCUCCGCUGCCGCUUCUACUACGCAGACGUCUGGAUGAUGUUCAGUGAGAUCUCAUUUCAGUCAGACAUCGUCCUGCCAACACAACAGCCACUGAUGGGGACGUCUGUUCCAGGUGGACAUAGGGACAUCACCAUGACAACCGUACCAAAGACCGAUAACACAGCUGCUGCUCCGUCCGCCAGCAGCAGCUCCGACGAAGGGAACACGCCCAUCCUGAUUGGCUGCCUGGUGACCAUCAUCCUCCUGCUGGUCAUCAUCAUCUUCCUCAUCCUCUGGUGCCAGUGUGUCUGCAAGGUGCUGGAGAAGGCUCCUCGUCAGAUCCUGGAUGAGGAGGUGACGGUCCGCCUGUCGUCCUGCAGCGACACCAUAAUCCUGCAGACGCCCCCGGUGCCGCCGCGGUCCCGGCAUCCUCCAGCAGGCCCGACCAACACCGACCCCCACUAUGAGAGGGUCUUCCUGCUGGACCCUCAGUACCAGAACCCGGCCGUCCUGAGGAACAAGCUGCCGGAGCUGUCGCAGAGCGCCGAGGCUUCAGCGCUCUUCCUCGGUAACCCUCUCUAUGACCUGCUGCUGCUGACUUCCUGUCGCCAGACGUCAGGAUGGCUUGGUGCGUGCGGCGGCGGCUACGCCGAGCCGGACGUCACCCAGUGCACGCCUCACCAGUCCUUCAACAGCAACGCGCCGCACUACGCCGAGACGGACAUCGUCCGGCUGCAGGGCGUCACCGGUAGCAACAUGUACGCCGUCCCCGCCCUGACCGUCGACUCCCUCACCAGGAAGGACAUCUCCGCCGCAGAGUUCCCGCGGCACCAGCUCAUCUUCAGGGAGAAGCUGGGAGAGGGACAGUUUGGAGAGGUCCACCUGUGUGAGGCCGAGGGACUCCCAGAAUUCCUUGGGGAAGGCUCGCCUCUUCCCGACAGAGACGGACGCUCGGUUCUGGUGGCGGUGAAGCAGCUGAGGGCCGACGCCACGAGCCAGGCCAGGAACGACUUCCUGAAGGAAAUCAAGAUCAUGUCCCGGCUGGACGACCCGAACAUCAUCCGGCUGCUGUGUGUGUGUGUGUCGUCCGACCCGCUGUGCAUGGUGACCGAGUACAUGGAGAACGGAGACCUGAACAUGUUCCUGUGUCAGCGUGAGAUCGAGAGCACGCUGACGCACGCCAACAACAUUCCCUCUGUCAGCCUGUCGGACCUCCUCCACAUGGCCGUCCAGAUCUCCUCUGGGAUGAAGUACCUGGCGUCUCUGAACUUCGUCCAUCGCGAUCUGGCCACCAGGAACUGCCUGCUGGACCGCCGCCUCACCAUCAAGAUCGCCGACUUCGGGAUGAGCAGGAACCUGUACAGCAGCGACUACUACCGGAUCCAGGGCCGGGCCGUGCUGCCCAUCCGCUGGAUGGCCUGGGAGAGCAUCCUGCUGGGGAAAUUCACCACGGCGAGCGACGUGUGGGCGUUCGGCGUGACGCUGUGGGAAAUCUUCACUCUGUGUAAGGAGCAGCCGUACAGCCUGCUGUCCGACGAACAGGUCAUCGAGAACUCGGGCGAGUUCUUCCGGAACCAGGGCCGACAGAUCUUCCUGUACGCCCCUCCUCUCUGCCCGCCGUCUCUAUUCGAGCUGAUGAUGCGCUGCUGGAGCCGCAACAUCACGGACCGACCCACGUUUGAGGGACUUUACCAAGCCCUGAGGCCCCACGUCAACCAGUGAGCCGCUGGGACCCGCUGGGCCCUGCUGGGGCCCCGCUCCGGCUCAGGGCCCCGGGGCUGCUGGGACUCCUGUAUGGUGACUGACAUGAACAUGAUGGACCAGAACUACUCUGCUGGCUGAGGUCCGAUCUGAGAGGAGGAGGGAGAAGAACCCGACAGUCUGUCUGAACCUCAUCAGUCCCUUUAGGAACCAGAUGAACUUUUAUCGUUUGUUUUUGUGCCAGAUGUUGCCUGAAACCUGAUUUCCUUCCCGUCUUCGGUUCCCUUGGAGCCCAGAACCCGACGGCUGUCAGCCUGUGGUGUUUCUGUCUGUCUGCGUGGUUCUGGUUGUUGUAAAGCACUGUGUCUGUGUCUCAGUUAUUCAUGUUCGUAGAUAAUAACCCACACUGGAGCUAAAGUCAAAGUGUAGCGUAGACUUUUUGUUGUUAAGGUUUUGUUGUUUUUUUCAUAUUUUGACAUUUGUUUGGUCGUUUACACAGAAGACAGUCGAGUCCAAGUUCAGCCUCCCAAAAACUAAAGUGUCUAAAUCAUAUUAAACUUCCCGUUUCUAUGUACAGACACAAGGACAGCUCAGAAAAUUCCUAGAUUGUGAAAAAUGUUUUUGUUCCUCUUUGCAGAAAAUGAAACCAAUGAUGUAGAUUUAUUAUGGAGUGAAACAUUUCAAGCCUUUAGUUCUUGUAAUUUAGACUUGGAGAAAAUGAAACCCCAACAUUUUUAACAUAUUAAAUAUUGGAAACUUA